AUGGCUAGUUCAGACUAUACACCAAACACAGAAGUGUUCACCAUAGGAGGAGUCCUUAGCUCACGGGAAUAUCAGCAAAUUUUUGAGGAGACAGUGGAACACAUCAACCAAAAGUCUUCCAUCCAUGGAGUCACUUUCAACUCCACUUCCAUUGUCAUGAAUGCCAACCCAAUACGGUCGGCACUGUCUAUUUGUGAGGACUUAAUUCCCAAUAGAGUCUAUGUAGUUGUUGCCAGCCACCCUUUUGAGAGUGAACAAUCCCCUAUAUCUGUAUCAUACACCUGUGGUUUCUAUAAUAUUCCAGUCAUUGGCAUAUCUUCACGAGAAAGUGUUUACUCUGAUAACAAUGUUCACAAAUCUUUCAUCCGAACAGUUCCACCAUAUUUUCACCAAGCUGAAGUGUGGAUAAAGUUACUGCAGUCCUUUAAGUGGACACAGGUUAUGUUCAUCCAUAGUAAAGAUGAAGACGGGCAAGCAAUACUUGGAUAUUUUCAAACAUUAGCCAAGGCUGAAGGAAUAGCUGUAAGUUUCAGUUUUUCUUUUUGA